GUAUCUUUGUUAGCUGUCGUUUCUGCUUUUGCUUACCGUGCGUUCUUUUUCUCCGCUCACUGCAUUAACUAUCAUCUCCGAAAGGUACUCCAUUUUUAACAACACAAACGCUUCCGACUACGCUGUUUCUCGUGAGUCGUAGCUGUCGGAUCUAGAACCCUUUCUUUUUCCUUUGAUGAGUAACUCUCGAAAUUCGAACACCUAAACCAACUACCAAGAAAAAAGGGAAUCAACCACCACAACGAUCAUAUUUUUGUUUUUCCAAAGUGUUCUGUUCUAUUGCUGCAACGGAUUCACAAGUUGCAGUACAUUUAAAAGAGUAGCGUGUUGCGCCGUGUGUAGAAGUCGUCGCGCCCUGUUUUUUCAGUGUUCAUAUUCCUGGUCCUGAUCUCGGUACGGUCACCUCCCAAAAUAUAACUCCUCGCCCCUUCCUCACGCUGUAAAGAUUCUGAGGUUUUAUUCCUAUUUUGCUACCCUUAUCCUCUCUUUUUUUUCUCGUGUUCAGCGGUUCGGAUCUCGAACACCUACGCUACCUUUACUCUUAGGAGCGACACACGUAACUGUUUUCGGAAAGAGGAGGAUGACGGAGGGCACUGGCCAUCGCAAGGUGUGGAUUGCCGCAGCGGUCUCCACGACGCUGCUCGUGCUCCUGCUGCGGCAGCGCCGUCAGAAGCGCAAGGCGGCCCGGCAAAAUGCCGCGAAUGCCACCCGCGCUGCUUUGACAGCGGCCGCUCAACGAAGCCUCCUCCCGGUUUUUGUGCGGCCGGAGUCGCUGCCCACUGGGUGGGGCGUCGCACCGCCCGUCUUCUACCCCCCGCAUUCGGCGGUGAUUCCGUUGGUGCUGCCCAGCGAAAUGGCGGAGGUGGAGCGCAGCAGCCAUCUUGUUCGAAAGGCGAACGUGGCGACUACCGGAGUCGAAAAGGGCGGAGAAGGCGCCUCUGCGUUUAUUCUGUGCAGCCACACGGGCGUUGUGACGGUGAAGUCAACAGACGUGGACAGUGAUGAGGCCUCUUCAAAGACCUCUGCCGACACGGAGGCGCGGCGGCAGCAGCAGUUGACCGACCUCCUUGCGCACCACCCUGUCCUGAAGGGUCAGUUUUCGGUCCUUUCGACGCAGUGGACUUCCAUUGCUACCGUUUUUUCUGAACCAGAGAAGAAAGACACUGCUGCACCAGCGACUCCUCCAGCAGCUAAAACAGGGGAUGCUGCAGAUGCGGUGUCGCCAGUUUUUACGCACCUCUUGGAGGGCUCAGAGAACUGUGUGUUGCUGGGUGGUGUGAACGGCCCCUACUUUGUCGUGGCUGUCCUCAGCGGUUUUGAGGGAACCUUCAGUGGCGCCGCUGCGUCUGGCAAUGCCGACUUGUCGACUGUCUCGCCCAAGGCUGUUGCGGCUGCCACGCCGGACGGGGGUAAGAUCCCCACGUCAGCAGCUGCUGUCUCCACCGAUGUUGUCAUGGAUCUUGCCGGUGUGACUCGUGGGAUAGUGCAGGCGACGUUAACUGUUCCAUUGGCCUCGGCGGACAAGGGUGUUUCUUCCUCUGCCUCGUCCCCCUUCGAUGCCCGCUUGCCCGGCGGUGCAGCCUUCGCGGUUCACCGUGGCUAUUACCGAGUACUGUGCGUCCGCGAGGGCCGCGAGCUGGAGUUGUGCGUGCCGACCGAAGUUUCCGUGCGUAGCAUGUUGGGCAACCAAUCUCUCACCACGACAGCAGAGACGUCGGUCGACGCGGCCGCGGCGCAGGACGUACUCCUCACCUUGAUCGUUGAGCCGAAUCCGUUUUCCACGCAGGAGGCCGUUGAGGUGCGGGUGACGGAGGAGGUGUUUGCGGCCUUGCUGGAGGCGCCGGAUGCAGCGGCGGCAACGCUCUGGAGGGGGAGCGGCGCCACAGCUAACGCACACCCGGCAGCAGCCGCGGCGUUCCAGGCGGUGACUGCGCGCCCACUGGCGGCUUCCACGCACGUACGGGCGAACAUGGUGACGAUGGUAUACGCCCAGCCCCAACUCGGGGUGCUCUUCUCGGUGUCCCCUCGCUCCUCGGUGGUCUAUGAGCCUUGGAUGACGGACCUCCCCACGAUCUUGUACUACCCACUGGGUGAGGACGUUAUGAACGACGGCGAGGACCAUCAGGCGCCGCCGCUUAUGUCAAUCGAAUACGUUCUCGAACUGCCCGAUACGUGGGAGGUGCAGAAGAAGGACAGCGAGGAGCUGCGUCACAACGUUCUUUUUCACUUCACCAACUGGGAGGCGGCAGCGGUGUCGAGCAGCAUGACGGAACUUAGCGGCAUGCGCUGUGUCAUGUUCCACGAGGCGCGUGACGGCCGACGCUGCCGCUCGUACAUCUUGCCUCGCGACUCGACGGUUCUGAUUGUGCGCUGGGAGACGUCGGUGGAGACGUGGGAGAAGUACCUGCCGCUGUUCCAGCAGACCCUCGACACGCUGCACAUCGACAGCGCCGCGAUCACGAAAUAA